CGCGGGAGAGACACCCUCCCCCCACCCCACCCCCAGGAGGAGAGUGGGGGGGAGAGUGUAGAAAGAUACACCCCCCACCUCACUCUCUAGGAGGAGGUGUAAAGAGACCACUCCGGGAGGGGGAAGUGUGGAGACUCCUGCUUUAGGGAGGAAGUACCUCUGGAAGGGUUCUAGGGAAACCCCCACAUAAUGAAGUAGAACUUUUAGAGAGGAGAAACCAGAAACACCCUCUUCCCCCCAAAAUAAGGAGUGGGAGGAGGGAAGGGAGGGACAGGUACUCCAGAUAGAGACAGGCAGAACAGAGACCAUCCCUAGCAGGAAGAGAAGCAGAGAUAACCUUCAUCCCAAACUUCUGUAGGAGAGAAAACAGACUUGUUUUAAGGGGGGGGAGAGAGAGGAGCGGGGCAUCAUAAACUGUACUAAAUAAAGAUCAUCUGGGAGGUCUGUUGUGGGGAGAGGCCAUCCAAGGUACCCUUGAACUCACUUCCCUUUUCUCCUCCCGCCAUCCCAGGCUGUGUUCCUGCCCCACGGCUUCCCCGACAGUGUCAGCCCAGACUACCUGCCCUACCAGCUGUGGGACACAGUACAGUGUUCUUUCCAUUCUUUACUUUGGGGCGUUAUGACAGGACUGGCAGCUUGAUGUAGUGGAGCAAGCCCCGGGCUGCUUUUGCCUCCAGCCUCACAGGCUCAUUGGCGACCCAAGCCGUCCUUCAGGGGGUUGGGGUGGGGGAUGCAGCUGCUUCUGUCUCAGCUGCCACCAUCACUUGGCUCUUAAAAGAUGGAACUGGCAUGCUGGGGCGAAUUGGUUUUGCCUGGUUGAUGGGGAGCAGACUGGAUUGUGAUGCCAAGAAAUGGAGGCUCUUCGCUGAUGUUCUCAAUGAUGCAGCCAUGUUCCUAGAGAUUGUGGCCCCAGCAUUCCCAUCCUGCUUUACUCUCAUUGUUUGUGUCAGCAGCUUGGCUAAGUGCAUUGUGGGAGUAGCAGGGGGAGCUACACGGGCAGCACUGACCAUGCACCAGGCCAGGAGAGACAAUAUGGCUGAUGUUUCCGCCAAAGAUGGAAGCCAGGAAACUCUAGUGAAUUUGGCAGGGCUGUUGGUCAGUCUUUUACUUCUUCCUCUUGUAUCUGAACGGCCAAGACUCAGUCUUGCUGCUUUCUUCCUUUUCACCGCCCUUCAUCUCUACGCCAACUACCGAGCAGUUCGGGCUGUCAUCAUGGAAACAUUCAACGAAACUCGACUUUACCUUGUCCUAAAGCACUUCAUUCAGUGGGGAGAGGUCUUAACACCUCCCUCAGCCAAUCGUAUGGAACCACUGUGGACAGGUUGCCUCCCUGCCCUGUCACUGUCCCUGGGUGUAGCCUUGCACAGCCUAGUCUCAAGUGCCUUUGAACUGCAGCAGGUGAGUGAGGGACACCAACAACCCUACCUCCUGCGCUGGGACCAGUGCCGAGGCAAGAUACAGGUGACUCUGGGCCAGGAAGCAAGUGCUGGGGUCAUUCUGAGGGCAGCAACACAUGGACUUUUGCUAGUAGCAUUGUUGGACGAUGUACCCCUUACAGAGGAGCUGGAGACCCUGAGGGGCCAAAUCAGAGCAGCCCCUGAAGGAGACAGUUGGACCAUUGUCAAGGAAACUUACCAGAUCCUUGAUAAGUUGUACCCCAAGUUCUUAAAAGAGUUACAAGCUGUGGGCUGGGAGACAGAGCACCAUCUGUUGGAGGUGGAUGAGUGGCGAGCUGCAUGGCCCCUUCGGGAGAAGAAGACUUUUUCCCAACAGCAGAGAGCCAGGACAGCACUGGAUUGCCAGUGCUCCACUAUCAGAGAUCUCAAGCAUAAAACCCCCAGAGGAAAACUGCCACUGCCAUCAUGA